GAAUCCUUGUUUUAUAUAUAUUUGCUAGUAUUACUUCUUGAGCCUUGCUCUAUUUAACUCUAUUGCAAUAGUACCGUGGAAUAAAAAGGUUUAAAACUGAAAGUAUUAUGGGCGUGUAUAUUCCUCCACCCAAUGAUGGGAAUUCGAGUGGAGGAGGAGAUUCUACUGGAUCAGGUAACAACAACUCCAACGAAGGUGGCAGUGGCAAUGGUGGUACCACAAUAAAAAUCCCCAACCCUUCACAUUUCAUACCACGUAACCCUAGCAUGGGAUUGAAACUAUGGGGCCCAUUGGUACCAGCUUCGGAUAACCUCGGUGGAUUAUAUUUCUUAACAGCAUUACAACUCGGGAUGGGGAUGAUUGGAUUACAUAGAGCUCGUCAAUUGCGUAAGUCACGACUCUUGCAGUUCAAUGUUCCAAACAAUUUCCAAACAAGGCUUACUAAAUACUCUUGCAUGAUUGGUGGAGCAUACCUUAUCUUCCAAUCUGGGUUGGAAAUGACAAGACUACUGUUGCCUUAUGACCCAUGGUGUGAAGAAGCACGAUAUUAUCGUCGUUUGGCCGCCAAAAAUGGUGACGGUCCAAGUUGGUGGUUCGGUGCAUUUUCAUAUUAUACUCCAAUGACAUUUAAAGAAUGGAAUUCAAAAGUAGAAAAUUGGAUUUCAAAUACUGCCAAUAGACUUGAAUUUGAUGAGUCAAUCCCGAACAAUAGUAUAAAUGCUGCUACUAAGCUAGCACAAAGUGCAUCCCUUCUUUCUAGUUUGGCGAAAAAGGGUCGCUAUAGUGAGAUCCAUCAAAGUUUGCAUGAAACAAAUCAAAAACGAUUUGAUGAGUUACUUGCGAAUGAAUUGGCAAAUGUUACCGAACUUAAUAAGGCCCUGAGAGUUGAUGCCAUCAUGGAAGGUUCAGGUAGAGUCAAGUACAAUGAAGGCUAUGAAAAGCCAUAUAUUCAGUUUGGAAACCAUCGAAUGGAAUCUGAUGAUGAGUUUGAAGCCGCAUGGCUUAAUCUUGACCCUUGGGAAGAAAUGCGUCUUGAUACAAUGCGAGAUAUGCGAUUGAUUCCAGGGUGGGUAGGAAACACUGAUCCUGAAGAAACUCAAGACGUUGAAACAGUACAGUCAUAAUGCAUAUACAAUUCAAAACAAACCUAGUGUCUAAACAAUUGAUACUAGUAAUACACAUUCUUCUAUAUAAUACAACAUUUUAAAAUGUAGACGCCUUCCAUUCAUUCUAUAUCUAUUAUUUCUUAUUAUAUAUAUUUAUAUUAU